AUGUCUACAAAAAUAUUUUAUCUUGGCUUUGCAUUUAUGUUCCUUCUUCUACUUAGUAAUAAGUCACAUAUGGUAGAAGCUCAAUACGGUCUUGGGCAAGCUUGCAAAUGGUUAAAAGGAAAGACAGGCUGGGGUUGUGACGAUCGAAUAAGUCGUGGAGUUUGGCAAACAAUAAAUGGUGUGAGUAAUUGUAAUGAUUUUUGUCGUAAACGUUUGGGCAAAAAUGGUGGUCAUUGUGUCUCCAAUGGAAACUAUGAUACAAGCACUUGGUGCCCUAGAGGUCAAACAUGUAGAUGUUAUUAG